AUGCCCAGCAACCGCACCCAUAUCAAGAAAGAGCGGGACAACCCUUACCCCGACAUUGACGACUACCGUCGCCAUUACCGCCACGACCGGUCCAGAUCCCCUCGCAGAUCCCCCCCUCGAGCCGAGGUUGACAAGGGCAAGGGCAAGGUCAAGCUUGAAGAAGAAGAGGAAACAGAAGAAAAGAAGGUCUUGGUCCGCAAGCGCGUCAAGGAAGGCGAGUACACUCCCAAGCCUGAUUAUCCGGAGUGGUUGUUAUGGGUCGCCGGUGCCGUAAUCAGUAGGGAGGACCGCAGGAAGCACAAGUACAGCGUGGAGAAGCGCGGUGGCUCUGGAGCCUCCUCUGGUAAGGGCAAGGGCAAGGGCAAGGGCAAUGGCAAUGAUCGAGAGCACAUAGGCAGGAAGGAGUACCUGGAGGAGGAGAGAUGGGGUUACGGUCAUGGUCAUCAAGGUGGCCAGAGCAGAGACGAUGAUCAUGAUGAUGGCUAUCGUAACGAGGCCGAGCGAUUGGACGCCAAAAUGGAGGAGCUGUUGAAGCUACCGCAUCACGUCCUUGAGGAUAUGAGGGAGGAGGAGGAAGCAAGGCAUGAUGAAAUGCUCAAGCCGAAUUAUCGGCGGCGGAAGUAUGGUGUUGCAAAACGGGAAUGGGACAACGAUGAGCGCAAGACCGUCUAUGAACGUUACAUGCGCUCCUUGCGUGAGGAUCCUUAG